GUGAUAGGUGAGAACUGUCAAAACAUGUGCGUAUUUUGAAUGUGCUCGUACAAGCGUGAUUGAAAUCUAUUUUACCCGAAAAAAAAACCAGCAAUUCGUGUACCGAAAUGACCGACUGUGUUGAGAUCGCGCUGACGAGCGAUACUUCCGGCCAGCAUUGGAGUACCUGUGCGUGGGACGUGCGCACCGGUACCCAACUGAUGACGUACCGGAACGGUGGAACGCCCGGUCCGAACACACUGCACACCAUCAACAAUCGGGUGGUCGUUUCCGGGAGUCUCACCAAACCGCUGCUAACAGCAUGGCCCAUUAACCGGCAGGAACCGUCCAACGUGAAGUACAUGUUGCCGGCCGUUCCGGGCGCAGUGGCAGUAUCGCCCGACGGCAACUAUCUGCUCGUGGCUCACGGCCAUUCGUUCAACGUGUACAACCUGCUAACGGGCGCCAACAUGGCCUCGGUGUCACAGCACUACGGGAAGGUAACGGUGCUGCGCUUCACAGACGAUGGAUCACACUUUAUCAGUGCCGCCCAAGAUUGCCGUGUCAUCGUGUGGAACCUUGCCCGGACGGUACAGCAGAAGGACAGCAACCGGAUGCUGUACGAGCUGGCCGACUUUACGCUACCCGUGUCGGACGUGGUCGUUGGUAAGGGUGGCAUGAAAGCGAUCCUAGCGGCCGUAUCACUCGACCGGUCCUGCAAGCUGUACGAACUGUCCACCGGCCGUUUGCUGCUGAACGUCGUGUUCCCCGUAGCGCUGGCUGUGGUGGCGAUGAACGCACUCGAGACGGAACUGUUUGUCGGCGACAAGAAAGGGCUCAUCUACAGCUGCAAUCUACAGUCCGCACCGCGGUCGAAGGAAAUUCAUCUGCAGCAAGACCUGCUGAACCGGAGCGUGUUCAAGGGCCACCAGAAAGCGAUCACCUGCCUGUCCGUGUCGAUGGAUUGCGAAACGAUGCUGUCCGGUUCGGAGGAUGAAACCGUCAUCGUGUGGCACGUGAAAACACGCCAACAGCUGAAACUGUUGCCACACAAGGGGACCAUCACGAAUGCGUUCUUUCUCGUGACACCGCGCGCCAUGUUUGACCAAUCGCUGGACAUUCCGGUUACGUAUCCUCCGUUCCAGAAGGUGGUCCUUACAAGGCAGGAGCGGGAAAAGAUUAGUUUCGAGGUGCCGGCUAACAAGCGCUCGCUGCGAUCGGAACGGUUGGACGCUUUGGUUGGUUCGGUGGCGGCAGGCGACAGUGAGAAAGACGGUAAAGUGCGCGAACUAGAACAGGAGAUCGAGAAGCUAAAGACGAUCAAUCAGCAGCUGUUCCAGCAAACUAUGCAAGCUAUAACAGCGAACGAAGACCGUUGAAAACCGGGAAGCAAUUUGGAAUAAAUGGUUGCCAGAUAGAUAAAUAAACUGUGGUCUGUCUGAUUAA